AUGUCGUCUCGAGUUGUGAUCGAUCCUUCAGGGGACCUUGUCUUACAGAUUCCCAUUAGCGUCCCCACACCUUCAAAAGAGACGCGGCGUAACUCCGUGGAUUCGGCCAUCGGGUCAAGUUCACCAAUCAUCCCAAGUGGCCAAUGCAGCCCUUUGCAAGAGAUUCCCAAUGCAACCGGCAAAAUCGACGACGACGCAAAUAACGAGAAGGAGUCGAGCGAGACGAGAGAAUUGCUCGUAUCGUCCAAGAUACUCGCGGUGUCCUCACCCGUGUUCCGCAAGAUGCUGUUUGGCGGCAAGUUUGUGGAGGCCAUCAAGCUCGCGGAUGCGGGUGACGGUUCCACGACGAUAGUAACCUUGCCUGACGAUGAUGCCGAAGCCGUGACCCUCAUGUGCAAGAUUCUGCACUUCGCCACGGCAGACAUCAACGAUCUUCCCAAGUCGGACUUGCUGGAGAGGCUGGCAGCCAUUUGCGACAAGUAUCUAUGCCUGCAUAUCCUCCGGUACUGUGGCACCAUUUGGGUACGGAACUGGGUGAAGAAGUGCGAGGAAGACAAUGCAGGCAUAGUCGAUGUCUGCCGGCUACUCGUCUUCGCCUAUGUUGCGGAUAUGGAAAAGGAGUUUGCCGACAUUGCCUGGACACUUCUCCUUUUGCACAAAGGACCGCUAUCACGAUCAACUUCAGAUGCUACAGAGUCGCUCGACAAUCCGCUGCUGCCACUACACAUUAGAGGCAAACUCGAUGCGAAGAGAAUGCAACUCUGCAACCAAUACCACACCGCUCUCAUGCGUCCCCUAGCGACAUGGGGCUGGCGGAGUUUGACCAAGGGUUGCAACCGAGGCGCUGCCCCCUAG